CACAAUUACAUCGCUCAUUAGAGGAGGAAUACACAGAGGAAGCUCCUCCCCCUGAAGUAGAAGAACCAGAAGCUGACGUUCAAGAACCAGAGCCUGAGGUGGAAGCCGCUGUGGAGGAGGAAUCUGCAGAGCCCACAGAAGAUGAGACGAAACCAAAGCCAAAAAUGUUCAUGCCAAAUAUUGCGGCUCCAAAGAUUCCUGAAGGAGACAAGGUGGACUUUGAUGACAUCCACAGAAAGCGUCAGGAGAAAGAUUUAUCUGAACUGCAGUCCCUGAUUGAAGCUCAUUUCAUCCAGAGAAAGAAGGACGAGGAGGAGCUUAUUGCUCUGGUCAACAGGAUUGAGAAGCGUCGUGCAGAAAGAGCCGAACAGCAAAGAAUCCGUGCAGAAAAAGAAAAGGAAAGACAAGCCCGUCUGGCGGAGGAGAAGGAGAGGAGAGAGCUAGAGGAACAGAGGAAGAAACUCGAUGAAGAUGUCAAGAAGAAGAAGGCACUCAGCAACAUGACUCACCAGUAUGGUGGAAUCCAGCAGAAGAUGGAGGGCCGUAAAGGGGCAAAGAAACAGACUGAGAGGGAGAAGAAGAGGAAGAUCCUGGCUGACAGGAGAAAGCCACUCAACAUCGAUCAUCUGUCUGAGGACAAACUGAAGGAGAAGGCCAACGAGAUGUGGCAGUGGAUGAUGGAGCUGGAGGCUGAGAAGUUCGACCUCAGUGAGAAACUCAAGAGACAGAAAUAUGAUAUCACUCAGCUUCUGGCUCGAGUCAGAGAUCACCAGAGUGCCAAAGGACGUGGCAAGGGCAAGGUGGGCGGCAGGCUGAGGUAAACAUGCAGAAUUCUAGGGUCUACCAGGAAUUCAGAAGACUGAAUUUGAAGUGUCAUUUGAAGACAUUCAGCAGUCACUCCAAACCACUGUAUUGUUUGACUAUACAUGUAGCACACAUUAACACAAUAAAGAGAUCUUUUGUUGUAUUGUC